AUGUCUUUUGUUUCCGUGAGAUUCCUGCAAGGGUGCACUUGCUGCUUGUGCCGACAUGACCACCAUGGCCACUUCGAGCCGUUCCGUGAUAUGUUGCCUUCUCAUCCUGGCCCCAUCAGGAGUUCUCGGCCACGGACAGCUCACAGUACCCUUGGUACGUGGUGAUUCACAAGGGCGUCGAGAAAGUUAUGAGCAGCGGGCACCUGUUUUUACCCUUGGAGGCAAUCGAGGUGGUUACUCGGCCACCAGUAUGCGCUGCCAUGAUUUUUCGCCUGACGACAGCCCUCAGACUACACUGAAAGCAGGCGAGACCUUUGAAGCGACUUGGACGAUGGAAGCAGGGCAUCCAGGGGAUUGCUAUUUCUAUUUGAGUUAUGAUGCAGAUCCCAGCAAUGCGGUCAACUUCUUCAAAAUUGCCGCCAUUCCUGGCUGUGGUGCUCCCGAUGGCCUAAACAUUCCUGCCUCUGUGACCACCACCGUCUUGCUGCCACCUGAAGUACCAGCAUGUGAUCAUUGCGUGCUGCGAUGGGAAUGGACUGCACAUCAGCAGGUUGUUGACAUUGAGUUCUAUGUGCAGUGCGCAGAUGUGAAGAUCACGAGCACCGCUGGACCAACACUGCCGAGCCCAAUCACAGCCAUCGCUGGCAUCGAGCACUUGCCGCAGGAUGCUUCAGGCUACCGGAAGGUCUACAACGGGCAAGGUCCAGAAGAACAGUACUUGAUCGGCCCGGCGGUUGCUACUUACAGCAUUUGCAGCAUUGGUGCACCAGGUUGCAUCUCUGACAUUGGCUUGGCACCAAUCACCCAAAGCACUUCGCAGGUGUCCUUGGAAUCUACUGAGCCCCAAACUACCACGCCUUCAGGGGCUGCUACGGAAUGCAACUGCAAUCCUGACACUGAGUGGAAUGGUGGCUUCGCCCAAUAUGCCUUGGGAGCGGAUUUUUGCAGUCAAAACUUUGGCGGAGCCAACCCUUGGAUCUCUGGUGGAAGCAAUGGUGGCUUUAGCGGGGCAGCAGCUUGCGUGACAGAGUAUACCUUCCAGGAGAACUAUUGGCAGAUCUUGGUUGGAGAGGAUGCCUUGGGCAAAGCACCUCAUCGAGCUUUUGCCUAUGCUCAGUUCUGCAACGGCAAGGCAUACAGCGAGUGCUGGACUUCCGAGAAGGUGACCUUCUCUUUCUCAUUGAUGGUUCAGGGCCUGAGCUUGAUUGGAGCAUAUGUCAAGGUUCUAUUCUGGACAGACGCUGGCAACAUUUUGGGGCUUCUCCCCCCAAGCCAUCCCAAAGGUGAUGGCAAGUUGCGCCUCAUCACGUUUAUGACCGACGACUAUCCCAACUCAUGGACCGGCGAGAAGGAGAUCCAAGAGUCGGUUUGGUACCACAUUCAGGUGGUCUUCACACCUGCUACAGGUGGGGUGGCAUUGCAAGUGGAUUCCCAGGCACUUGACACAGGCAAUGUGCCGGUGAAUAUGCUGGCUGCAACCAAUGGGCCACAGAUUGGAGUUUACUCCUUUGACUAUGCCACCCAAUCAUGGCCGGCCGAAGGAUUGAAACUCUACUUGAGUGAUGCCUGCAUUGGAGCUGCAGCCGGCACAUGUCCAUCAGGCAAAGGGCCAUCGGUCACAGAGCUUGCCUCGACCAGCGCAGCAGGCACUACCCUCAGUGCGCCAAGCAGCACAGAAGUAUCGGUCCAAGGAACAGGCCUAGCUGCAAGCACGACGUCAACUGGGACACCAUCCAUACGAGGUAGCCCUGACAGCAGCAACUGUCCGCUGCCAGGAGCGGGUUUGCCCUCGUUUGUGUCCGAGUGCUACUGUGGCUUCGUGACGAGCACCCUGACAAGAAAACAUUCGUUCCAAGGCAGCGAUGGUGACGGUUGCGGCCCAGAUGAUGGAACUGCCUGUUGGUGCAGGUGCUGCUGCCACUACCGGGAAGGCACGUGCCGGUAUCGGGAGCCUGAAACCUUUGAUUCGUCACCGACAUUGGCUGCCUGGAACGUGGUCAUGUUCGUGGUCGUACUGCGCGGUUUCGCAUAGCCAACCUUUGUCAGGCCCUUGAAGAGGGCAGGGCUGGUUGGCUCAUCUUUUUCUACUUUUUGUCUUUCUUCUUUCUGAGUCUUGUACAGAACUGAAUUUUGGCCUGUCUCGCCAGAGCCACCAGAGCUUGGGCAGGGAUCAGGACUUAUAAACCGCGCUGUGACCAAGACAAGAUUCGUUGGCUUGGGAGAGAAAUCAGAAAUCAGAGCUAGUUGCCGCAGGUGGGGAUGAAUGCCAUCUGAAAAUGAAGC